AUGGCAGGCCUCGAGCAGAUCGAGGUCCAUUCCAGGAACUACCUCGUGCGCUGGGUCAAUGUCAAACAAGAGCAUACAAUCUCCUGGACCAUUCAGCCUCACAAGAAAUCCAUCAAUCUCGGCCUGUUCAAGCAUCCUGGACCACUCUCGAACCUGCAUUCCGCUUCCUCUACCUCCCUACCUCCUCCUUCUCCCGUCAACGCACCAGUCGAUGAAGAUAAAGAUAAAACAGAGACUCAGUCCACUGCGAUCGAGAAGUUAACUAGCAUUGGUCUGAAGGUGGUACGAUGGAUCGGCAAAUGUGAAGCCGACAAGGUAUCCCAGGGAAAACACGAUGUACGAUUCGGCGAGGGAGGGAACUAUGCCUUGGUCUUCGACAACACCUUCUCCAAGAACAUCUCGAAGACGGCGACAAUCUUCCUCCUCACAUAUCCUACCGCGUGCCAACCACAGAUUCAGUUUGGCGCGCAACUGUACCACCCACAGUCCAUGGCUUCGGCGAUGGCCAUAGCCAGCACUUCUUCCCAGCUGUUCAAGAGAAGUCCUAAGCUGAAAGCCAGGGAUAAAGAAUCCGUCGACUCACUGAGACAGGUUUCCAUUAGCCAGUCUGCCGGAGGCAGUAUUACACCAGUUGCCGAAGAAACGAAACUUGCGGAAGACCCUACUUCAAUUCAUACGGGUGUGUUGCAGAAACUGAGGCGAAAGAAGCAUCAGGGGUAUGCGCGGAGGUUCUUCUGCUUGGACUAUACCUCUUCCACGCUGUCCUACUACCGCGACCGCAACUCUUCGGCCCUACGUGGUGCCAUUCCCCUCUCUCUGGCCGCCAUUUCAGCCAACAGCAAAACCCGGGAGAUUUCAAUCGAUUCUGGAGCCGAGCUCUGGCACCUGAAAGCCAACAACGAUGCAGAUUUUGAGUCAUGGAAGCACGCUUUGGAGACCGCAACCCGGCUCAUGUUAGAGGCCAAGACACCGGCGGACAACCUGCACCUUGAAACCGGUGAUGGCACCGACGGCGAAAAGUCCGCAUUUGAAGAGCAGGAAUGGGCGAGGCUGGAGACUCUGCUCAGCAGAAUCUCAGGCACAAGAGAUGCCGUGCGGCGACUGUGUCUAGAUACGUUGGCGCAGCCGGUGGCAUUGCCUUCCCCGAAGCUGGGAGCGACUUCUGCCAGUACCACGCCGACCGAGGGACCAAAUGGCGAGGAUUACUUCAAGCAGGAUGAGAGACGACCUUUUUGGAAGCGCAAGGUCAGUACGACUAAUAGUCAAGCCAACAUCUUCAAGCGCAGUGUUUCCGCCCAACUCGCUGUGCCGCUGCCCGGGGUCGAGCCAAUCCUACGCAAUGGGACGCCUCCUCCUCUUCCCCCGGCGCCUUCCACGUCGCGACCAGUGAUGCAUCACGAAGAAAGCAUGUAUGAUCAUUGCCGAGCACUAUUGCAUGAUCUAGACUCGGUGGUCAGUGAGUUUUCUACAUUGGUGGCUGAAAGCAAGGUUCGGCGUACAACUCCUCCAAAGUCUGCGGUGUCACGACUCAGCCUCCAGACGGUCGACUCGCAGGAGUAUUUUGACGCAGAAGACCACCGGCAUGUGCUUGAUAUUCACAGCGAUACGGAUCAUGAGGCUGAAACGGCCGAGGAAGACGACGGCUCCGCAACCAGCAGCGACGUUGGGGAAGACUCGAUUCAUGGGCUGAGGCGCAGAUCAGGAAGCGUGUCUUCAUAUCUUCCUCCUCGAGCAAGAUCGUUGGCCCCUCUGCCAUUAGAUCCGGUCCCUCGACGGCACAACAUAGCAGCCCCGACGGUCAUGCCGCCGAGUCUUAUAGGAUUUCUUAGGAAGAACGUAGGCAAAGACCUCUCGACGAUCUCAAUGCCCGUGUCGGCGAACGAGCCUUUGUCCCUCUUGCAGCGUGCAGCGGAGCAACUCGAAUACUCGCAGUUGCUGGAUAACGCUGUCAGAUGCAGCGAUGCCUUUGAGCGACUGAUGUAUGUGGCGGCAUUUGCCAUCUCGUCACUGUCGAACACGCGGGUCAAGGAGCGAUCGAUCCGCAAACCAUUCAACCCCAUGCUUGGUGAGACGUUUGAGCUGGUGCGCGAGGACCGGGGCUUCCGCUUUGUUUCGGAGAAAGUGUCUCACCGUCCUGUGCAGCUUGCCCUACACGCCGAGUCUGAGCAUUGGACGUUCACACAGUCACCUUUGCCAUCGCAGAAAUUCUGGGGCAAGUCGUCCGAGAUCAUCAACGAAGGGAAGGCACGACUGGUGCUCCACAGCACGGGGGAAGCAUUCAGUUGGUCGGCGGCGACGUGCUUCCUACGAAACAUCAUCGCGGGCGAGAAAUAUGUGGAGCCUACGGGAACCAUGACCAUCUACAACGAGUCGGCAGGUCACAAGGCGGUGGUGUCGUUCAAGGCCAAAGGCAUGUUUUCGGGUCGCAGCGAAGAAGUCGAGGUGCAAACCAUCGACGCACAAGGUCAAGAACUGUCGAUGGGCCUGAGCGGGACGUGGACCAACUCAUUGCAAUUGAAAGAGCCCGGUAAACUAGGCCAACGGCCAACCAUCUGGUCGGCCGGUCCGCUGGUGGAGAACGCGCCGAAGCAUUAUGGCAUGACGCUCUUUGCUGCUCAGCUGAAUGAGCUGACAGCGGUGGAACUGGGGAAGGUGGCGGCGACGGACAGUCGCCUCCGUCCGGACCAAACCGCACUGGAGAAUGGAGAGCACGAGAAGGCGGAGCACUUGAAGAACCAGCUCGAGGAAGCACAGCGGGCACGGAGAAGGGAAAUGGAGGAGAAGGGCGAGGAGUGGAAGCCGAGAUGGUUCUCCAAGGUGGAACUGGGCGACGAGGUGGUGUGGAGGCUGAAGACGGGCAAGGAAGGAUACUGGGAGGAGCGCGGGCGAGGGGAGUGGACGGGGGUGGUGCCGGUGCUGCAAGUAUAG